GCCCUUUCUUCUUUUUUUUAUUUUAUACAAUUUUUUAUCACAAUGAAUAUGACGUGCGGCGAGGACCAAAGCUGGUUUUACAUCCAACAUAAAUCAACAGGCAAAGUUAUUGCUUCUGCUUGUGAUGACCAUAAUGAUCAUGCAAGAUCACAAGUGGUGGUUAUUAAACCGCGUUAUACGAGUAACGAACUAUGGUGUUGGGACGAAGAUUGUCUAAAGAAUAAGGCUACAGGGCUGGUCCUGGAUAUACGUAAAGGAAAACUUCGCUUGAUUGAGGAUACCGAGAUUUGCCUGUAUUACAAGAAACCACCACAAGAGGCACAUAAUCAACUCUGGGGCAUUCGACCUGCUGCUGGUUCAGUAGGGUCGGCGGCCGAACAUCCAUUACAUCAGAACCAAGUCGGGAUUGUGAUAUAUUCGAUUUGUAACAGCGACUGGGUUUUUGACAUUUGCAGCCAUGAAAACCCGACCGAGAAAGAGCGACAAAACUUGAUUUUAUUCCCACAUCAAAGUUCUAGCCAGCAUCAAACAUGGGACUUUAUACCUGAAAAUGACGUCAAUACCAAUGCAUAUGCUACUGUUCAAGAACCAGGCCUUGUCUACGAUGAUAGCUCACUCGAAUCCAGUUUAAUUGAUGAUUAUAAUUACGAUCGAGGUAGUUCUGUUUCCUCAAAUUCAUGCGAGUCUGUGGGUUUUGCACAUGGUCUCUCUCCCGCCAAACGCUCCUCUCAAACUUCACUCACUUCUGCCAGCAGAAAUGCAAGCCUGGAGAAUAUUUACACCAAUUCAUCUCAAUUUCAUCAAACUUAUCAUUAUUAACAAAAAUAAAAGACUCCCGCAUUAUCAUUCUCCCCCCAUAUCAUAAUAUCAGAAACAAGUUAAUUUCACUAGUGUGAUUAGUUUUUUUUUUUUCUUUUUUUUUUAACCAUAUAAAAUAAAUCACUCUUGAAUCACAG